AUGGACCAGAGCGUGAUUGUGCCGUCGAUGCCGCGCGACGCCGGCGUCGAAAGUAUGCGGUUGACCAUGAAGAAUGAGUCCGAUUCCGGUCUGCGACAGCAGGAGCAAACGGUCGUCGUACACCCGAAUUCCACGAUGGCCGCACGAUCGGCGUUGCUGCCGAUGAGCACGAGUAGUUUGACUCAAGAGACGAAUCUAGAGCCGUUGAUGUGCAAUCCGACGAGUAACGAGAUACCCAGAAAACCCGGAACUCGUCGCCAAGAGAAGCCGCCGUAUUCGUACAUCGCACUGAUCGUGAUGGCCAUCCAGUCGAGUCCAGGUAAGAGGCUGACUCUGUCGGAGAUCUACUCGUUUCUGCAGCAGCGUUUUCCGUUCUUCCGGGGCACUUAUCAAGGCUGGAAGAACUCGGUGCGUCACAAUCUCAGCCUAAACGAGUGCUUCAUUAAGUUGCCCAAGGGCCUGGGUAGACCCGGCAAGGGUCACUAUUGGACCAUCGAUCCGUCCACCGAGUACAUGUUUGAGGAGGGUAGUUUCCGGCGACGGCCACGCGGCUUUCGACGCAAGUGUCAAGCCCUGAAACCUCAGUAUCCGCAAUACUAUUCUGGCGCCGGCCCCGUCGGCGUGCAAACACCUGGUCCGUACGAGAAUUUGGCCACCGGUCCCGGCGGUAUCGAAUACGCCAACGGUUAUCAGAAUCAGUAUCAGAAUUAUCAGGAAUACGCCAUGUACGCACCGAGCGCGGCGGUCUCCGCCGAUUGGGCGUACCCGGACGGGCACACGACGUACAAGUCGGCGCCGCCGAUAGCCGAGGUGACCUACAAGACCACCGAGGUCACAUACAAGACCGGAAGCGAAUCGUCGCCAUCGGUUUAUAGGAACGGCGAACUGGUGACGUUCAAGAGCGAGCCUGGUUUCGGCGCCAGGAGUCAGGAUCAGCUGUGUGCCUACCGGCCGCCGACCGACGGUUUCCCGACGGUGAAAGAUCACCAUCAGCAGCAUCAUGCAACCGACUAUAAGGACGAGACAAUGAUGAGCAACUAUUCAAAGUGCUCGACGCCCACCACUCAAGCACCCGGACAGGAUUAUUACGUCGGUUAUGGCCUCGCGGGGGUCAACAAUACUACCGGCGUCAAUAUCGCCAUGCAAUCUAUGCAAGAACAACCGGGUGGUAAUAGCAGUCCUAUAGCCAAUGUUAGCUCGCCGCAUAGCGGAUGCCAGACCCCUGCGGAUCACGGCAUAAAAAUGCAGUGCAGUUCUAGCUCGAGUUCAAAUAGUUCUGGCGGUGGCAUCAUUGACCGUAAGCCAUCCUACUUCGCGCAUCCCGGAGGAUCAGUAGCUUUGAGCUCCUUGAGCUCGCUGGGUUCGUUAAAUUUAAGCAACAUCGGUGGUCUAAGUAUAUCCAACAUACCUGGUGCAGUUUCGUCGAAUAUCCAUCACGCGUCGACAUCACCGCCCGCGACAAUGUACUACGAUCAGAUCAAGUACAGCAUGUGAAGACGAUUGUUUCCCUGAAACAAAUGAUAUAACUUCGUUAGAUUAUUUUGUAUAGAAAGUUCCAUAUUUUAAACGCUGUAAAUGUUUUUAAAGUGCUUCAUAUUUUUACGGUAAACAAAAUUGUUAGCAAAUCUUAAAUUAUAUCUGUUAUUUGCAUUCCGAUAUUAUCUGGAAACAUACACAGAAUUAUAUAUUAAAUUUGCAAAAAGAUAGUUUUGUUAAAUAAUAUCGGUGAAUGAAUGAGGCCACACAGUACUCGAACCACUCUUCAAGUAUGUUUUUAUCAUUUCUUGAAAAAACAUACUAUAAUAUAUAUUCAUAUCAAUAGAUGAGAAUGUAAUUUCGGUAUAAGCUAGAAUUACAAAAAUUUUAUCAUUGAUUUGCUUUAUUUAGAAUUUGAAAACAUUGACUUGUAUACAGUUCUAAAAGUGAAUUAUUCAAGUUCUCGUAUUUCAGUGAAUUUCAAUACUUCAAUAAUUUCAAUAUUCAAUAUUUCAAUAAUUCAUAAAUUAGUAAUAAAGAGGGGAAAGAAUUCUUGAUUUACAGUUGCGGGCGUAAAUAUAAGUGAUGUAAGUAAAAAUGUAAAAUAUAGUUACGUAAAAAAUGAUUACACGACCUAUCGUGGCUCAAGAAUGCGUAGCGGUGCGCAUCGAGAGAUACGUCCGCUUUAAAAAAACGUUGAUGCAUCUCGACCAUAUCCUAUUUAUAUUUAUGAUCCAUUAAUCGAUGUAAUUAAUUUAAAUCUAGCGGAGAAACAAAGUCUGUAGAAUUAAAUAACGUUUGCUAAGAAAAUUUCUGUUGAUUUCUUUGUCGCGCACGAUUUUCUAUCCCAAUAAUCUAAAUCAG